GAGUGAAGAGGAGUGUGUCCCCUGGCCUCUGUGCCCCAGUACUCAUACCCAGAGGGAGGAGAGACUAUGGGGGGCCUGUCAAGCAGCUGAGGAAGAUUGAGGGGAGUCCAACUUUGGAAUUGGAGGUGGCCUAGGGUACCUCAGAGGCUCACUCCAGCAGGGAGUUCCCCAGUGGGGGACCGGCUGUCAGUUACUGGCUCUGGAGACUCUGUUUCCAUGGCAACAGCUAGGGGCCCUCCUCCAGGCAGCCCUUCCUUGGACUCUGUCCCCUCUCCCCUCUCGCUUAGCCUGGUAGCCUGGCCCUGGGCCCAGGGUUGGGCAACCGAGUGGCAGGGUGUCUUUCUUCCCCAACCCCCAUCCUCAGGCCUCCCUGGGACAUGCCCGGUAUCUCCCUGCAGGUGACCAGCGCCAUGUCCAGCCAGGUGGUGGGCAUCGAGCCUCUCUACAUCAAGGCGGAACCAGCCAGCCCCGACAGCCCCAAGGGCUCCUCGGAGACCGAGCCUGAGCCCCCAGUGGCCCUAGCCCCGGGGCCAGCUCCCACCCGAUGCCUCCCAGGCCACAAGGAAGAGGAGGAUGGGGAGGGGGCUGGGCCUGGCGAGCAGGGGGGUGGGAAGCUGGUGCUCAGCUCCCUGCCCAAACGCCUUUGCCUGGUCUGUGGGGACGUGGCUUCCGGCUACCAUUAUGGCGUGGCGUCCUGUGAGGCUUGCAAAGCCUUCUUCAAGAGGACCAUCCAGGGGAGCAUCGAGUACAGUUGUCCGGCUUCCAACGAGUGCGAGAUCACCAAGAGGAGACGCAAGGCUUGCCAGGCCUGCCGCUUCACCAAGUGCCUGCGGGUGGGCAUGCUCAAGGAGGGGGUGCGUCUGGACCGUGUCCGGGGCGGACGACAGAAAUACAAGCGGCGGCCAGAGGUGGACCCGCUGCCUUUCUCGGGCCCCUUUCCCACCGGUCCCCUGGCAGUCGCCGGGGGGCCCCGGAAGACCGCUCCUGUGAACGCCCUGGUCUCUCACUUGCUGGUGGUCGAACCAGAGAAGCUCUAUGCCAUGCCAGACCCAGCGGGCCCUGAUGGACACCUGCCGGCCGUGGCCACCCUCUGUGACCUCUUUGACCGAGAGAUCGUGGUCACUAUCAGCUGGGCCAAGAGCAUCCCAGGCUUCUCGUCGCUGUCACUGUCCGACCAGAUGUCCGUGCUGCAGAGUGUGUGGAUGGAGGUGCUCGUGCUGGGGGUGGCCCAGCGCUCGCUGCCCCUGCAGGAUGAGCUGGCCUUCGCCGAGGACCUGGUCCUGGAUGAAGAGGGGGCACGGGCAGCUGGCUUGGGGGAGCUGGGGGCUGCCCUGCUGCAACUGGUGCGGCGACUACAGGCUCUGCGACUUGAGCGUGAGGAAUACGUCCUGCUGAAGGCCCUGGCCCUGGCCAACUCAGACUCAGUGCACAUCGAGGACGCUGAGGCCGUGGAGCAGCUGCGGGAAGCUCUACACGAGGCGCUGCUGGAGUAUGAGGCCAGCCGGGCAGGCCCUGGAGGUGGUGCUGAGCGGCGACGGGCGGGCAGGUUGCUGCUCACACUCCCGCUCCUGCGCCAGACAGCGGGCAAGGUGCUGGCCCACUUCUACGGGGUGAAGCUGGAAGGCAAGGUGCCCAUGCACAAGCUCUUCUUGGAGAUGCUCGAGGCCAUGAUGGACUGAGGCAGGGGGUGGGCACAGGUGGGGUGCUGGCAGGACCCGCCAGCAGGGGUCAGCCCCACGGUGGGGAGGGGGGCCAGUGCUGCAGCCUGCUGGCAGGGCCAGGGCAGUGCCAUCUGCCCCUGGGAGCAUGCCCGUGCCUCCCCUCCCUGGGGAUUGUCAGGAGUUGGGAAGGUGCAUGCCCAGGCUCUGGGCACAGUGCUGCCCCUUGCAAGCCAUAAUGUGCCCCUAGAGCAUAGGGGGCCUUGCGGAAGCCAUAGGGGGCUGCAGGGGGGCGUGAGUGAGGGUGGGCAGAAGCCUGAUCCUCAGCCAUGGAAGCUUUUGCUGCUGCUUAAUCCGACCCUCCCCCUCGGGAGUAGAGGGGGACUUGAAGAGCAAAGGCCCUGCCCCCUUUGCUCCUCUCCUCAUUUGCAGUGGGCAUUAGUGCCCCCCUCCCCCAUGAAGCAAUAACUCCGAGCAGGCUCCUACCCUUGGGCCCCCUGGGGUGGCCAGAGCCCCCUAUCAGCCCCCACCCAGCCUCCGUGGGGUGGUAGGGAGGGCACUGCCUCUAUGCCCUGCAGAGCAAUAACACUAUAUUUAUUUUUGGGUUUGGCCAGGGAGGCACAGGGACUUAGGCAAGCCGGGGCCCAGAGCCUUUGGCUGUACAGAGACUCUAUUUUAAUGUAUAUUUGCUGCAAAAGAGAAACCGCUUUUGGUUUUGAACCUUUAAUGAGAAAAAAAUAUAUAUGCUGUCAAGCUCAAGGACA